CAGCUUUCCCAGGCGGCUGCCGAAGAUGGCGGAGGGGCAGGUCCUGGUGCUUGAUGGCCGAGGCCAUCUCCUGGGCCGCCUGGCGGCCAUCGUGGCCAAGCAGGUACUGCUGGGCCGCAAGGUGGUGGUUGUGCGCUGUGAGGGCAUCAACAUUUCUGGCAAUUUCUACAGAAACAAGUUGAAGUACCUGGCCUUCCUGCGCAAACGGAUGAACACCAACCCGUCCCGCGGCCCUUACCACUUCCGAGCCCCCAGCCGCAUCUUUUGGCGGACGGUGCGAGGCAUGCUGCCCCACAAGACCAAGCGAGGCCAGGCCGCCUUGGACCGCCUCAAGGUGUUUGACGGGAUCCCACCGCCCUACGACAAGAAAAAGCGAAUGGUGGUUCCCGCCGCCCUCAAGGUUGUGCGCCUGAAGCCCACCCGGAAGUUUGCCUACCUUGGGCGCCUGGCUCAUGAGGUUGGCUGGAAGUACCAGGCCGUCACAGCCACCCUGGAGGAGAAGAGGAAGGAGAAAGCCAAGAUGCAUUACCGCAAGAAAAAGCAGCUCAUGAGGCUACGGAAACAGGCCGAAAAGAACGUGGAGAAGAAAAUUAACAAAUUCACAGAGGUCCUCAAGACCCAUGGACUCCUGGUCUGAGCCCAAUAAAAUUGACUGUUAUUCCUCAAAAAAAAAAAAAAAAAAAAAA